UCUUUGUCGUCUUGUGCACCUCAGCUGUUUCUUUCUCUUCCUCCCCCCUCCCCUUUUUUGAAACUUCAGACACAGAGCUAAGACACCACCAGGCUAUUCCACCACUUAGGAAAUCUCCCCAUGUGGUGCCGAGGGCUCCUGAUGUCCUUGGGCAUGGGAAAUUGGGAGCCCUAACAUCUCCCUACAAAUCGACAACUACUUCAGUGGGAUAACGGCUUUGUGGCUACCCCUACCCGACCUCCUCCAACUCACUGGCGUCCAACGCUCACUGGGGUGCUUCCUCCCGGCCUCAGCUUUUCCCCGCCCUUUAUUCUUGAGAACCAAUCAUCCUGCUCGACUUCAGAACAGGGACCAAUCAGCAGCCUCGGCUCCAAGUCUCCGCCCCCACGACGACUUCCUGUGCCAGGUGGCGCCAUGUUUCAAGGGCAGCGGGCGUGGUUCUGCCGCAGCGUCAGUGGGGAACUGCAACAAUUCUGGGUGACCGAAGGGGGGAGGAUCAGUGUCCCUGGGGCUGCCGACUUCCUGUUCAGCUGCGAUGCCUCGCACCCUGACACACUGAGAAUAUACCAGAGCCUUGAUUACAUCGAAGAUAACGCUACAGUUUUCCAUGCCUACUACCUCUCUGCGGUAGCUAAUGCUAAAAUUAAAAACUCCGUGGCUUUAGGUCAUUUUCUUCUUCCUCCUGCAUGCUUGCAAGAAGAAAUAAGGGGAAAAAUUGGUAACUUUAUUUGGGAACAGGAUCAACAUUUUCUGAUAGAAGAGCAUAAUGAAGUAACACCAAAUGAAAUCAACACCCUUAGGGAAAGCGGUGAACUAGCAACAGAUUCCAAAAAGGAAUCAGUUAAAAGCACAGAAAAACAUUUUAUAAGGACUCCAGCUGUAGAAAAGCAGAUGUACUUCCCUCUUCAGAAUUAUCCAGUGAAUAACAUGGUGACAGGUUAUAUAUCCGUCAAUGCCAUGAAGAAAUUCCUUGGGGAGCUACAUGACUUCAUUCCUGGAAGUUCAGGGUAUUUGGCAUACCAUGUUCAAAAUGAAAUUAAUAUGUCUGCUAUAAAAAACAAAUUGAAGAAGAAAUAUUAAGCUGUUUUCCUUACACCUAGGCAUUGUUUAUGAAACAUUACUAUGUAUAGAGUUUAAAAUCUCCCCAUUUGAACUGAAUAAUAGGGAAGCAGAGAAGACUUCUGUUCUUCUUCAAAGUUAAUCUUGAGGAAACACUGAAUUAUAUUUCACUCUAUUUUGGCAUUUGUGUUAGUCUCUCCUCAGUCCUCCCAGCUUUUCUGAUAAUAAAGAUAUCGGAAAUGACUUAACUACAAAUACGUGUUUUACACCUACUGUGAAUAAGUGCUAUGUCAUCUCAAACCUGUAAAUCACCUUAGAAUCACAGUGCUCAAAAGGACAUUGAGUCCAACCCAUUUAUUAUUUUGAAUGAGGAAAUGAAAACCUUAUGUGUUUAUUUGUUUGUUUUUCCUUGGGGUGACUAAUUAGGUUCUAAACCAGAACUGGAACACAACCCUCUUGAUUUUUCAGGCCAGUAGCUCCCCACAUGUCUAGUAUGGUAGGCAGCCGAUCUGCAAAGUUGACUCAGAAAAAUCCAAUGUGCUUGGCUUGUAUUUUAAAUAAGCUGAAAUAAUACUGAGAUGUACUAAGACUUCUCUUUUGUUCGUGUGGCUAUGCUAUACAGAGUAUGGCGAGUUUCUUAUUUUUUAGAGAUUAAAAAUGACAUUAUAUGUGAGAACAUAAUCUUGUUAAAACUGUACUUUCCCCUAACGCUUAUCAGUUGUAGAAUUAUCUAACAAUAGGAACUUUUCUGUGCUUGGGUCAUUUUGGUCUGUGUUAAUCCCAAAUUUUCUUUUCUGACUCAAAUUUCAUAGUACAAAUUUAAAUACUAAUCUUAACAUUAGUAUUUGAAAUUUCUAUUUCUCCUAUGUUAAAUUCUUGUUAAUUAUAUUCAUAUUUGUGAUUAGACUUUUCUGAAGCUGUAAAUAAAAACUAAAUCUUAAUUA